AGUGAUGAGUACACUGUUUCGUGGCCAACAACGUGCCACAGCCAGGUGCAUCAGCCACUCAGUUGUCAAUCCUCCAUCCAUAAUCCACUCGGACAGUUUAGAAGGAAGAAUCUAGGGACCUCCAGAUACCAGAAUUCGAGUCAAGCCUACUUAAAUUAUGAUCAACACUAUGAUCGGUCAAAAUAACUAGGUUGAGUUGCUGUAUGUUGCACUUCUUCCAGCAACUCAAACGACAAGAACAGGAUACAUGGUGUAAGUAUGAUGUGCGGCCCGGGGUUGUAACAGUAACGAUCAUGGCGGAAACCUUCGCGCUGGAUGAGGCCACGGCUUUAUCGCUACUGGAGGGUUGUGAUAUGGCCGAGGACGUGGAUGUUAUCCCGUCGAACAUGGUCGAGUCUCCACUCACUCCGCAGCGUGUCUCCAAGCGCAAUUCGUGGCGCCUCCAGCGCCGAGAUGAGCUGUUCAUGCUGCGGAAGGCGGAGAAGCAUCUGAGUGCCGAGUUACAGCAACUUAAGCACUCAAUGAGGAAGACAACGCGACUUGUUGGUGCUAAAACGCAGCUAGACUCGCUGCUAAAUGGAAUUUCGGACCGUGUGUUGACAUGGGAGGAAAUUUGUGGACGACAAGCAGCGCGACGGAAGAAAAGCGAAGAGGAGAAUAAAAGACUGAAAGACGACAUGACACAGAAAGUGUGGCAGGCGAAGAUGCUGCUGAAAGGAUUCAAGAGACGAUUGCGGAACGAGGUUCGAUAUUUUUGUUUUUUUAUCUUCUUUUUAAGUUUAAUCUUAUUCUUUUGUCAGAUUAUUGGGUCUUCGAUCGAGUUGUGCAGACGUUAUGGGGUGGAUGCGAGAGGAGUCACAAUGCCGACGGACAAUGAGGCAGUGUUUCAUGACUUGUUGCAGGGGAUGGACGAGAUGUACGCCGGCGUGGAUGCUUUUUUCGAAAAAAUUGGGAUGUACGACAUGACAUGCCCAGGAAGGAAAAAUACGACACCGAAUAGCAGAGCGGAAGGGAAAUUUGUGGAGUUCUCGGACUGCUACGCUGUCCCAUUUGGUUUGCAAGACACAGAUAGUGCGAUCUGGAGUUGUCUGGGAAGGGAAGACCCACAAAGCCCCAAGCCUGCUUUCGUUCAGCAUUUUGACUCCUGCGAUAAUAUUUUAAAGCAGAGUAUGUGCAGUGCAUUUACUGCGGGUAGUGUCCAUGUUCGUGUCAUUAUGCGCAAUGUUGGCCGGAAAUAUGUCGAACAAGAUCGAUCGGUUUUUAUUUUCAAGAGACUCAUUGAACCAGUGGCAGAUAUCCCCAUCUCAUUUCAAGAAACGACUCGGUUGGUUGUACAACAUGGAAUACCGUCCGAUCUCGGUCCAACGACAAUGAUACUGUCACAUCGACAGUCGACAGCUAGUCACGAUGCAUACGCCGUUGGAGUACGAAGAGUACCACGAAGCUUCAUUGAAGUGGGCGUUGCGGCUUGGGAAAGCUCGAUUACGCGUUUCAACCAUUUCGUGGAGGAUACAUUAAUUCAUGAAUCUCGGUGACUCUUUUUCUUGGUUAAUACUUCGAACACUAAUUGUCAUUGUCAGGCUGUAAAGUUGUACUAUACCUGCAAUGCCUCAAGUGAAAAGGAGCAUAACACGAUUUUUUUUAGAAAUACGCUAGUGUUUGUGCUACCACAACUCUAUUGCUCUCUAAAAUGACAAACCAGUGGUGUAACU